CACGAAUAACUAAGAAAUUCAUUUACCUUGGCCAAAUGUUGUGCCGUGUCUCGUCUCUUCUGGAUCUUCCACUUUUAGAGAGGUCUGAUAUCUUCAGUUUAGACAUGAAACAAAAUGGGGUACAAUAUUAGUAAGAGUCAUCAAUGCAAGUUGACUGUAGACCUUGGCUCACUAUCCACGAACCACCCCCACUCCAAAAUUCUUGUUAUCCACUAUCCGAAUUCCAUAGUAAAGGUAGAGGGCUCGUACAUCUAUGCUAGAUAUUGUAUAAGUUGAGUUUGGCAGACAUCGUGUAACUCUGGCAAGCUAGAAUCUGACUUUUGCGUUGAGCAGAAUUCUUAUUUCAACUUUACAGACACAAUUGUCAUCCCUCACUUUUGACCGUGUAUAUUUGGAUAACAUUUUUUUUAAAUUCCUUUUUCUUCAUAUCGUAAAAUAUUCUAAAACACCAUAUUUGUAACAGUGAUGAGAAUAAUAGAAAUAAAUUAGUUUAGGAUAAUUGAUCUCCAAUGUCGGGAGAUCCAUUCGACUUUAUACGAUGGAGUGUCAGUCGAGCGAUAGUAAAAAAUUGUUCAAAGUAUUCGACGCGUCUAAACGCAAGAGGAUUAGGAAAAAACGUGAAGGGCUCGACGAUACCAACUCUGUAGUGACUGACGAUUCUACUAGCGGUUGUCAAGCCAACUGUCGAGUGCCCUCCACCAAAGCUAGUUUACAAGAAAUAUCUACUGUACAGAAUUUAACUGGACAGCAAGAUGGAAAUACUACGAAAAGGGACAGAGACAGCAGUCCUUCAAUGUCGCGGUCUCCCGUCGAGUUGCGCCGAACGUCGCGGUCGCCACGGCGUCAUCGCCGAUCUACGAGAGAAGGCAUCUCUCUGGCUUUGAAAGCAGGUCUCGUUUCAACCCCGCGCUCCAUAUCGCCACGACAGGAAGGCGUUGUGGAAUCCAUACCACAAGAUCAGGAUUCGUUCAUAUACGCCUUUCUCGAGGAAGCCAUCAAAAGGGACAAAAAGAAACAGAGACACGCUCGUCGGCGUGAAGAGCGGCGCAUGAGUCGCGAGGACGAACGCGAGGUGUCGGCGCCGCGCGACCGACACCGACAUCAUCACAGGGACCGCCAUAGAGACGAUGUUCCUUCUAGAGAGCAUGACAAACCACCAAAAGAAGUGUCUCCUGCCGCAGCUAUAGACCAAACUAUUCUGUUUGAAACUUUUGCAAAGCUUUGUGCUCAAAUGAACGACAAGAAUAGUCACUGUUACCAAGUAGCUCGUACCCAGAGUCACAAGUCGUUACAAUGUGAAGUAGUUUCGAGACGAGAAACGUAUGAAACGGAUCGUCACCCAGUUAGAUUAACUCAUGUAAGAUCACGAGAAAUGGUGCCCGCGUCCAGGAUCAGGAGCCAGGAGAAUUUUGCGGGGAAAGUCCGCAGCCAUGAAAGAAUUCCCGGCGUUAACCAAGUUGAUCGCGUGAAGCAAGAUAAAUGUAUGUGUUACUAUGAAAAGGAAAAUCCUAAGUACUCUAGCAAACUGGAUAUGACAAGAUCAAGGACGCGGCCUAUGGAAGACGACAGGUACCGCGAUUACCCUCCGGCUGUCGUUCCCACUAGGAGUUGCAUUGACCCUUACCGACCACGGCCUGCGGAUAGUCGGGAAUAUCGUGAUUACGACAGGGACGUGAGAAAUAGGCAUUAUGAAGAUGAUAAAAAGAGGUUCUUUGAGCAAAAAACCAGUAGGAGUUUCGACGUGCAUCGAGAAGGGUACGAAGACGAUCGGAACAACUGCCGGAGGACUACACGAAGUGACACGAAGGACAGACGUUACGAUGAGCGAGACAAAAGGUACGACGAGGUAGGCAAGUACUAUGACGAGAAACCUCUGGAAGCGCGGGAUAGGAAUGCCAUAUCGAACAAAGACCGGCGUUGGAAGAGGAAUGGGGACAGGUUCGAGAGGAACUCUGUCGUGUCGCGGGAUGAUGACUAUAGAGAUAGGGACAGAGACCGGGACAGGGAUAGGGAUAGAGAUCGGGAUCGGUAUUCUGAGAGAGAGAGGGACUCCGGCUUGAGUGUAGCUGAUGGGGAGACGAGCACUAUGAGUGCCAGGAGUAACUAUCUGAAGGUUGUAAAGCAAGAGAUAGCAGAACAGCGAGAGGCGAUGGACAAAAUGAUGAAACUCUGGAAGGAGCUGAUGAGAUGUUUUAAGGGUAUUUCCCAGACUCAAGUACAGGACAAGAAUAUGAAAGACUCUGCAGCGAACGUGCGCGAAUCGGCAGCGGCACAACUGCGUCUAUGGCGCGAGUGUAUGCGAAGGUACGAAACCGUCGCCAGGGACGUCGGUGAUACGGACGCUAGGCUUAUGGAGAUCAAGAAGCAGCGUUCAGAAAUGGCAGAGAUGGCCAACAUGUGGCAGGAGUGCCUGCAGCGGUAUCGAGACAUGAGCAACGAUUUCAAUAACCUUAAACAACAGUUGGUGACUCCGGAGAGUCCUACGCGGCAGGCCGCCCCGCCGCUGGUCUGUGCGGAGGGCGAGGGCACCAUGCCCACCGCGACCUACCGACUGCCGCCUAACUUCCCACCACCACACAUAGCAGGUCCCCCGGCUGGGUACACGGCGGGCGGGUCCCCGCUGCGCAGCCGUGCGUCGGCGCCGCCCGCGUGGUGGUGGUGCCCGGAGGCGCCGGCGCGCUCGCCUCGCCGCCGCUCCUCGCCCGAGUCGCGAGCCUCGCGGGAUCGGGACCGCAGGCAUCGCCAUAAAGAUAGAGAGGAGACCAGAUACAAGGAGAAAUCUUCGAAACCUUCUGCGGCACGUUCGGAGCACAGGCACAGAAAAAGAUGAGACUCAAAUAUCCAACAUAAAAUUCUCGUUACGACAACACAUCACACGUUAGCAUACACGAGAAAUUUUCUAAAGUUUAGAACUAAGAAAAAAUGUAUAAGUAAUUGAAAAUUGGUGCAUUGUGUUCGAUGAAAUUGUAUUGUAUACCUAGUUUGAUUUUGAAGAAUGUAUCAUGUAUCAAGUGAUUUUUGACUGUUGUUGCAAAUAACUCAUAUAAACAUAUAAAACGAC